AUCAUAAUCGGCGCCGGUCUCGGCGGCUGCGCCGCAGCUCUAGCCAUGAACGCAGCCGGUUUCCACGUCCAGGUCUUCGAAAAAGUCCACACCUUCGCCCGAUUAGGCGAUUCCCUCGGUCUAGGCGAGAACGCGCUUCGUCUGCUCAAACGAUGGGAAUUAUACGAGCAACUCGUUGCAAUCGGGAAUAAGAGUGAGAUGAUGCAGAUACGACGAUGGGAUGAUGGUAAGAUUCUGGCGCAGCAGCCGUUGAUGGAUAUGGCAGGGUAUAUUGGACAUCGUGGGGAUUACCACGAGGAGUUUUUGAAGAGGGUUGCGGAGGUGGGUGUUGAGGUAAGGAUGGGGUGUAAUGUAAGUGGACCUUUGAUUGUAUGCUUUGAAGUAAUGGGGUGCUGUGGGGGUAAUGCUUUUUAGGUUGUUGCGUAUGAUGAGGAAGGGCCGUCGGUUAGGUUGGGUAAUGGGGAGAUUCAUGAAGCUGACUUGAUAAUUGCUGCUGAUGGUACGUAUGAAUUCCCCUAUAGAACAAUCUCAUUACAUCUACGACUGACUGUAGAGAGCAGGAAUCAAAUCUCUGGCACGUGAAGUAGUCCUCGGCUUCGAAGACAAACCCAAAUCCUCAGGUUACGCCUGCUACCGCGCCUUCUUCAAAGGAGCCUACCUACAAGAUCUCCCUCUCUGUCGCGAAGUUAUAGAGAAGGAAUGCGUAAAUAUCUGGAUAGGGAACGACGUACAUCUCGUCCAAAACACUCUUCGCGACGGCGAUGAAGUAAACUGGAUCAUCACACACAAAGACACCGAAGACAUCAAAGAAUCAUGGUUCCAACUCGGCGAUAUGGAUGCCGUCAGAGAGCUAGUUCUGAACUGUGACCCCAGGAUAAAAGCCGUGGUUGACGCUACGAAAGAGUGUCUAGAUUGGAAGAUCUGUUAUCGGGAUCCGAUCCCGACCUGGGUGAGUGCUAGUCAUAAGAUAGCGCUUCUUGGGGAUUCGUGUCAUCCUCAUCUACCGACAAGUGCACAAGGUGCUUCGCAGGCGACGGAGAGUGCUGCUGUGUUGGCUAUGUGCUUGAAAUUAGCUGGGAAGGAGAAAAUUCCACUCGCGGUAAGAAUCUCGCAAUUCAUGCUUAACAUAGUAUAUUUGCGUAUUAAGACCUUUAAAGACAAGGACGUACGAGAAGCUCCGCUUCGAACGAGUUCGGCUCUCUCAACUCAAUGGCGAGGAACUUCGUGAUAGAUGGCAUAGUGUUCUCAAAGACUUAGAUAGAAAUGUUGAGAUUGAUCCAGAGGAUGUAAAGAUCAGGAAUAGAUGGCUUUAUCCGUUUGAUGCUGAAGAAGAUACUAUUCAGCGAUGGCCCGAAGUGUCAGCCGUGGUGGAGAAAGAGUUAAGCGAGGGGAAGAUUAGACCGUUGUUUAUGAAAACUGAAUAA